AUGGACUCGGGCGCACUUGUGACCGACGAGAUUGUCUUUUCUCCGUCAUAUGUGGACGUUAAGGACGACAUUACGGGCGAUCCGUUGAUUCAGCGCAAGAACGAAAAUGAAGCCACGCUCGGCUCGCGUCCGGAGGAUUUUUACAAGCAGACGCAGCCCGUAAUUGACAUUUACCGUGAGCAAGGCAAACUGGUGGAAGUAAAUGCUCACACGGAAAUGCAUAAGGUGACGGAGCAGAUCCGUAAGAGCCUCGGCUCGGAUUAG